CCUAAACGUCGCCGUUUACAGAUUUCUCCAGAAUGUCAUUUCACUCCAUAUUGUAACACGACGCACUUUCAAGCAGAAUCGCUCUCUCUCUCUCUCUUCUAGCUGAAAAUGGCGAACUCAAGAACUGUUCUGAUCCUGUGCGGUGACUACAUGGAAGACUAUGAGGUGAUGGUCCCGUGCCAGGCGUUGCAAGCUUUCGGAGUCUCAGUCCAUACCGUCUGCCCCGGCAAAAAGGCUGGUGACUCUUGCCCCACCGCUGUUCACGACUUCUGUGGCCACCAGACCUAUUCCGAGUCGCGAGGUCACAAUUUCACUCUCAAUGCAACCUUUGACGAAGUUGACAUCACCAAGUACGAUGGAUUGGUUAUACCAGGAGGACGUGCUCCUGAAUACCUCUCCAUGAACGCAUCUGUUGUUGAGCUGGUUAAACAUUUCUCAACCUCCGGAAAGCCCAUUGCCUCUAUUUGCCACGGCCAGUUGAUACUAGCAGCUGCUGACGCGAUUAACGGUCGAACCUGCACAGGUUAUGCAACUGUUGGACCUGCUCUUAUAGCUGCAGGGGCAAAGUGGGUGGAACCAACAACACCUGAUGUCUGUGUCGUUGAUGGUAGUUUGAUUACUGCAGCUACUUAUGAGGGGCAUCCUGAGUUUAUCCAGCUCUUUCUCAAGGCCCUUGGCGGUAAAGUAACUGGAGCAAAUAAAAGAAUCUUGUUUCUUUGUGGGGAUUAUAUGGAGGACUAUGAAGUCAAAGUCCCGUUUCAGUCUCUUCAAGCUUUGGGGUGUCAAGUUGAUUCGGUUUGUCCGGAGAAAAAGGCUGGUGAUCGUUGCCCAACUGCAAUCCAUGACUUUGAGGGUGACCAGACUUACAGUGAAAAGCCAGGGCAUACUUUUGCUUUAACUGCUACUUUUGAUGGACUAGAUUCCUCCGGUUAUGAUGCUCUGGUCAUUCCAGGAGGCAGAGCUCCAGAAUAUCUAGGCUUGAACCAACAAGUUCUUAACCUGGUUAAAGAGUUUAUGAGUUCUGGGAAACCAGUUGCAUCUAUCUGCCACGGACAACAGAUCUUAGCUGCUGCCGGUGUCCUCAAGGGAAGAAAAUGCACUGCUUAUCCAGCAGUGAAACUGAAUGUGGUACUUGGAGGAGGAACUUGGUUAGAACCUGAUCCAAUCCACCGAUGCUUCACCGACGGGAAUCUGGUUACUGGCGCAGCAUGGCCAGGACACCCAGAGUUUGUGUCACAGCUUAUGGUUUUGUUGGGCGUUCAGGUUUCACUCUAGUUAUGUAAACCGUCCCUUUCAUGCGGAGUCAACUUGUCUGCUAUGUAGUAAUAUGUGUAAAACUUGUGGCUCAUGUCAUUAGCAGUCUGUCAUGUUGAGGUUUGUGUCUUUGAUGUUUGUCUAAACUGAAAACUUUGUUUGAAUUGGCAAUAAAAAGUUUCUGAGAA